CCCCUUUGAUUAAACGGUUAAUUUUUCUCACUGAGGUAGCCAUCUGUCCGUGAAAACGUUCCUGGUUGUGUUUAAAAAGAGAUUUGCUUGAUUUAAAAAUAAAAAAACCUUGUUAUUCUGUCUGUAUUUGAGGAUGUUCUCUGCGUUCUACUUUUGAAACCUGAGGAUCUCAUAAUGGAAUCAGGAGAUAUUGGACCAUGCUUUUCCAGAGACUUGCCACACACUUCUGCUGGCUCACAGUUUUUAGAAAGUUGUACAGCUUCAGGUGGAGGGACAUCAAGCUGUCUAGAACACGUCGCACUGCUGAACCAUCAGGAACAUGUAAAAAAGGAAGAACCUGAAGGUGAAGACUCAGUCUGCCUCUGUGAAGCAACAGUGGCCUCCAUGGGACGUCUCACACCUACGGACCAGCAGAAAGAUGUAAAAAAGGAAGAAGAUGAAGACUGCCUCCGUGGAGGAACGUCAGACUCGAUGGAAAGUGUAGACCAACAGAGGGGGUUUCAGAGCAAGGAGAUUAAAGAGGAAGAGUCUGAAGAUGAAGAUUAUCUCUGUACGACGACACUACGUGAAAUGAGUGGUGCCGAGUUUCAAGUCUUCUCCUGCUCCUGGUGUUCGCUUUCCUAUACAUCUCAAAAUAACCUCCACAAACAUAUCAGAAGAUGCCACUACAAGGAAUAUGACAGACAGUUAAAAUCAGGAGAGAUAAAAUAUGAGAAUCUUAUCUUAAGAAAGUCCAGUAUUGAGCAGACAGUCUCUGGUCCUGUCAGCAGUAACGCCUGUAAUCAGCCAAUGGAGAAACAGGUGUAUCCUUGCUCACAGUGUGGGAGGAGUUUUACUGACCGGAGUAAUCUCCGACGCCAUCAAUAUAUUCACACAGGAGUGAAGCCAUAUCACUGCUCAUUGUGUGGGAAGAGUUUUAUUCGAAAAUAUGAUCUCCAGACACACCAGCGCAUUCACACAGGAGAGAAACCGUAUCCCUGCUCAGAGUGUGGGAAGAGUUUUAUUCGAAACUGGGACCUCCAAGUACACCAGCGCGUUCAUACAGGAGAGAAGCCGUAUCACUGCUCACAGUGUGGGAAGGGUUUUAAUCAGCAGAGCCAUCUCCAAACACACUUACACAUUCAUACAGGAAAGAAACCCUAUUGCUGCUCACAGUGCCAGAAGAGUUUCAUUCGAAGGAAGGAUCUUCAGAUACACCAGCACAUUCACACAGGAGAAAAACCACAUUGCUGCUCACAUUGUGGGAAGAGUUUUACUCGACACAGUGAGCUCCAAAUACACCAGCGCAUUCACACAGGAGAGAAGCCCUAUCACUGCUCGCAGUGUGGGAAGAGUUUUUCCCAACACAGUAACCUUCACCGACACCAGCGUAUUCACACCGGAGAGAGGCCGUACCACUGCUCACAGUGUGGGAGGAGUUUCGCUCAACGUGGGAAGCUCCAACAACAUCAGAAUGUUCACAGCAGUGUAAAGCUACUACAUCGCUGCUCCGAGUGUGGGAAGAGUUUUAAUCAACAGAGAAAUCUCAGACAACACCAGCAUGUUCACAGAGCACACAAACCAAUUUGAUAUUUAUUGGAGAUGGAGAUUUCCUUAUUCAGGUGCAUUUUACAUGCACCAGUGCUCCAAGAUUAAAACAUCAGCUCGUGAUGUCUGAUCUCUUGAGAGCAUGAAAUAAGCUGCCCUUCUAGUUAUCAGGAUUUACUUAAAAUAUAUAAAUAAAUGUAUUUAUUCUGUAUGUACAGUAUGUUGGUAAAUGAUGUCGUUGGCUGUCCAUUGCUAGCGAUGAUGACUGCUUCAUUAGGACACACAGAAACGCAAAUGGGCCGCGAUUUCCUAAUGAAGCGCCUUGCGCAGUAAGGUAAGACAAAUGAUGUCGUGCCUCCAUCGUGUUCUCUCUGGACCUCCAGACCUGAUGCCAAGUGAUGCACAAAAGUGCCACAGACUUGACGGGCAUGGAAGUUGCCCCGCAGUGACAACUGACUCGCCGAGUGAUGCCAUCCGUUGGCCAUUUGAGUGGCUCUUCCACAUGCCAUCUGGUGGUGUGCUACUGACCCUGUUGGGUUCAUCUGCCACACUACACUGAAAAGCUGCUGCCAGUGCCUACACUGCUGCCAGCGCCUUAUUGGUGAAUGUACUAUUUAACCCAUAGCUGGAACCCAGGUAGGUGCUACAGUACCACUCCGGGUCAGAGUGGACCUGGGAGCAAUGGGGAUUAAGGGGUAACUCCACUUUCCCCAGUACUUACUGUAAGUCCUCCCAGACCUGAGACUCCCCACCGGUUGCAAUUUAAAGUCAUACCCAGGACUACAUGAUGUACUUACAGAGUAAACAACCUGUGUUUGUUGGAAGCAAACCAUACCUUGUCAGGGUGCUCCCCCCGUAAGGAAUUAGAGGAAUUACAGGGUCUGCCAGAAAAGUACAUUCUGAUCUGGUAUCUGAAUUGGAUUCCCUUUUUCCACACCAUAAGGCUACAAAGAAACGUCCUCAUUUCUAACACUACCUUUAUCUUAUACUGCAAAGUGUAGCCACUUUCACAUGUAAAAUGUAAAAACAACACGGAACAGAUAACAAAUUUUUAUUCUCACUCCGUCUUCCAUAAUGGAGAAGUAACAGAGAUCAUGUAUCUCAGCUGACGGUAUUUAACGGGAUUCUACAGAGCAUGAACCAUGUGAGACCGGAUGUGACGUAUAAUUUAUGAGGUGGUGAGUCCAUUGUUGUGAAAAGCCCAAGCUGAGACAUUAGUGAGUUCGCAACAUGGCACGAGUCGAGCUGCAUCACGUCUGUAUUGAGUCUUUUCCUGUUUCUGAACAUUUGAUUUGUUCCAGCAAAAACUAUUUGACAUUUUUGCUAAUACAGUGGGACGCCGUACCUGCUGACUCACUCACUCAUACAAGCACGACUCCUCAAACUACAGUUCACAUGCUUUCACUUAUUACUCCCUUUCUUUAAACCCCGCCUUCUGUUAGCUUGUCUUGCGUUGGUUUCUAUUUUCUGUGCUGACGCUUGUUGUAUGUUAUGUAAAUAAGAUUUCCGCACUUGCGUCCGUCUCAACCCUGAUAAAAAUAUUAUACCUGCCGAUGUUUUCUUUGCUUACUGUUUUGAAUUUGCUGUGGGGUUGCUUUACAUUGAAGCAGUGUGAGUGCCAUUGCAAUAUCAUUACAUCAUUUAUGUCGCCGUCAGCAACGUCACAACCGUCACAUGUAAAUCCGACAGCUCCGCUUCCCAUUGGAGCCAUAACAAGAUUUUCAUAACAAUAAUGAGCCACCAGGGGAUUGAUUAACGUUUUGACUUUGCCAUUUUGCUUCCAUUCCCACACGGCACCAUUAGAGUAAAAUAGCAGAAAAUAUACGUUUUCGUUGUGAGCGGAAAUGGGGUAUCUGAAAAUCGUAAUAUAGAAAUGGGAGAACAGUAAUCCCACCCUGAUGUCCUGUUUCUGCUUAGAGUUUUUGUCAUCUGAAAAUUGCUCACUACUACUAAGGAUGGUCCCACAUGGACUGACAGUAGCUCACCAGGAGAUUACUGUGGGUGGUACCAGAGCCACAGCGAGAGAGCGAGUGCAGUGGUGCCUGGGGAUUUUAGAAUUAGAAGCCUUUAUUUGAUGGCUCUGUGUAAUGAAGGUAACUCUACAUAAACAAGUUAAAAAUGUUUGAUGGUCACAUGAUUCAUGUUGAUUUCAAAUAGUUCCAUAAGUUCUUAGCAGGCAAUAUGAGCAUGUAAAUACAGAGAGACAUGAUUGCGAUUUUGGGUAGUUAGUAAUCGGUAAAUAGCACAAUGACAUGUAUGUAGUUACAUCACUUUUUUUUACAUUUUUUUUAAAAAGUGUAUUUCGGUACUGUUUGUGGAUUAAUUUGAACAGCUAGCAAAUUUUAGGCUAAUGUUCCCUUCAUAAAAGAGUG